AUCCCUUUCCUUCUCUUCAAAGAGCCACACGUCCUUUUCGUUUUGUGUGGCAGCAGUCGUCAGACGCGACGAGGAUUGGAAUGUUUUCCUUGAGCAGCUACAAUAAUCUUUUUGUUUCAUACAAAUCCUAAUUUAAUGCGAGUGUGCAGACGAAAGACCGCCAGACGUGACUUUGUGUACGGCUCCGAGCUCAAAUAAGAAGAUUUAGAAGACUCGUGGUCGGCUCAAACCCACAGGGUUUUUCCUCCCAUCAUUUCCGCCAAGAUUUUGGAACAUUACUGCGUCGAAGCUCUUUUUUUAUUCUUAGAAUACAACAAAGUAUUUCAACUGUUUGAUACCAAAUAUAGCCUAAGAGGUUGGGAGCGAGAUAUAUGAGUGUAACGUUGCCAAAGUUUAUAAUUAAAUAAAUACUCGGGCGGCGCAUUCGACUCAUUAACACGCUUUAAGAAUCUAAAUCUUAGAAGCGGGUCCAUUUUAUUACUCCAGACUAUUUUCAACUCGUGAUCCCCAGUCCAUUUUGACUUGAGAGUCAGUCAGGCGUCCUGCUCAACCGGUUCUGCACAAUUGAUUUUUGAAUUUUGCUGCUCUACAAUCCCCCAACGAUGAGAUUUUGUGCGCGCGUCAUGGUGCACUUCUUGCGGCCGUCUUGUGUGUUGUUGCUUUUGGCUGUUGCGGUGCUCCAUACUGGAGCAGAGCAGGCCGAACACAAAGCGUCGCCGGCCGGGAAAGGGACCCGACCGACGGUCUCCUUCGGCGGCAUGCUCGGCCAGGGGUUCCACCAAUACGUGGAAUCACUCCUGGGAAUUGGUGCCGUCCAAUCAGCGACAGAGAGUGCACUCUUGUUACUCGAGUCACUGCUUGGUCAGGAGAACGUCUAUUCAGUGGCCAUGUUUCUGGGAACUGUGAUCCGUUUCCUUGCCGAAGGAGCUGCCAGCGGCCUCAACGUCAUCGCCGUGUACGUCACAGAGAUCCUCAGGGUCACAGGAUUUGAUGCUGCCCUCCCGCUACCCCGCUUCACCCCAGAAGGCGUGACCACAGUGGCCCAGUGGGGGCUCCUGGCUAUCAUCGGUUACUGGAUCCUGACCAUCCUCCUGCGUUUGGUUAUCGACGCCCUACGACAUAUCUUCUGGUUGGUGAAAAUGGCGGCGGUACUGUGGGUCUUUGCCAUGAUUGUCAGCGACAGCAGCGCCAGCGCCGACACCACGGCUGUGCGCCUCGGCGGCCUAGUUCUGGGAUACAUCCUAUUGACCCUGCUCACCUCCAGCUCGAACCAGGCCAGUGCACUCGAGCAUCGCCUGAAGAGCUUGGAGGGUCGAGUAAAGGCAGUUGAAAAGAGAAAAGGCAACUAGCGAGGAAACAUUGGACAAUGUGACAGUGAAGAGCCACUAUCAGAUUUUGUUCCUAUGUGUGAUAAAAUUAUGAUAGGCAAUAAAGUGACGUUUUGAUCAGAAA